AUGAAUCCCUUCUCUUUCAUCUCGACUUUGGUUGUCUUGCUCCUCUCUAUGACAAUUCCAACAAAAGGCCUCGGCCUUCGAAGCCCGGCGAUGGAACCCUUCAUCUUCAAACUCAAACCUUCGAUCAAGAACCCGGACUGCAUUGGCGCAGAAACUACUAAACUCUCCAUCAAGUCAUACCCGAAGAACAGAGUUGUCUGGCAUGCAGCAUGCCGUAUCAUUAGUGACCUGAUUUCCAACAACGGGGGAUCUCCCAAAGUGGAUGUCAUCUUCAUCUGCGGCAAUGGGCCUCGUGAUGAUGGUACUCAAGACUUCAAGUUAGCCAUUUCCUACGCCAAAGGCUUCCAGGUCACUGGAUACGACCAAGUCCUCAACAUGACGGUGUCAGGAACACAGGAGAUUCCUGCGCACCUGACAAUCACUCAGGGCCCGCAAUCCAUACCAGCAGUGAGACACGUCAAAAUACUGAUUGGAGCCAAGGUGAAUGCUAAGAAGAAGACAGCAAAGUAUGAGUACAUCUCUUGUGUUUGA